UUUCGAAUUGACCAUUGAAGACCAAACAGUGCUUCAAUUUCAAGUCUUAAUAUAUUCCACCAAGGAGAUCAGAGGCUAUCUUAUCGGUAACAGGCACUGUAUUUGAUUCAAGGAAUUCUCCGGCUUGAUCAGCAGCCGGUACUCUGCAGUAGCAAUCAGAGGCCUCUCCCCAGAAACCCACCCAUAUAUCCCCACCUUCCCCUGCUUCAUCCAUCGCCCACUCAAUUCUUUUUGAGUAAGAAAAAAAAGGAAAAUCGAUUCCGGCUGUUCUCGCCCUUUUGAACAUGCCUGGUGCCAGCAGUAAGGCAGGGUUAGGUUAUCUUCGCCAACGGACGGACCAAUUGGGUGUCAUAACGGCACAACACGUGGUGGCGUGUUCUUAUAUUGCCUUGCGCUGGGUUUCCUUAUAUCUCGGUUUCGGUCGAUCACGACACGGUAUGGGGCUGUCUGGGAGAUGCCACAGGCUCCAUAUCGGGUGCUGUUUGCGGGCCUUGGGUGAGGGACUUUUCUCGGGAUUUUGAAAGGCGGGUCAGGUGGGAGGUUGGCGUUGGUCGAAGGGAGGAAGGGAGAAGAGUAUUGAAGAGGGGUAUCAUAGUAGGAGUGAUGGAAGAAGAGCUUGGGAUAGAAAUGGUAUGGGUGACUACCGGUACGGGACAUCAUACGGGUCGCUGCGCGUGCAGGUGAGAGGGGUUUUUUUAUCUUCUUCCCCGGGCGCGGGGAGAGGGUAUGAUAUAACUGCUAUGCCCUCUUCUGCUUUCUUUCACUUUAAAGUCUUGAAAGAGAGGGUGGGAUUUUUUCUGCGCACAAGUUGAAAGUCUUUGAGACCAGUACAAAUAGCAGUACAUGUUCAUGAGCUCAAGAGGAUUAAUACCGUACACCUUUUCUAUCCUCUUAUACCGGUACCCCCUCCUUCCCCUUGCAGUUUCUAUCCACUUAGCCACAUCUAAUGCCCGAGCAGUCGGUCACCUAUCGGCCAAGCUAACCACUGGAUUUAGGCCCCGCAGUUUCAGAAUGACCAUAGCCGCCCUCCAAACAGAAAUGUCAACGGAAACCGGCGCCGCUACCGCCAUCUUCCCCCCCUCCCCCGCAAAGGCGGCAUGGGUAUCGCCUAUCAUGACCUCGCUCUCACAACUCCGCAGGAGCCUCACCGCCAUUCUCCAGCAGAUAUUCUGCCGCCUCCUCGCCUUUCUCCUCCAACAGGGAAUGGGCCUGCGGCUCCGGUGGGGAAAAUUCAAGGACGCGGUCUUUUACGAAACCAUGUUGCUCCUGUUACAGCCCAACCUGGUUAUGCUUAUCCUUAUGUGGCCCGGUUGGAUUGUGGUUCUGUUGGUGGUCGUGUGGAGGUGGUGGGCUGGAGCUGGGGAUGCGGUUUAGCGAAAAUUUGGGGUUGCAGAUGUAAAUAUGUGUUUUGUUCACUGUUUGGAGAAGGCGUUAAGUUACCGGUUGGAAUGUAAGGCGUUGAUGUUGUGGCUUCGUUGUUUGAGGGUUAGGCAAACGGUGCGGGUCGAAAAGCGACAGUCAGGCCCACAGGCCCACGGUAUCCUGAGUUUAGUAUUAUACCGAGUAUGUUUGAGGAU